AUGAGUGAAAUGGAGACCGAAUUAGAAGAGUCGGAUGCGGGUUCGGUUCUCAACGAGAAGGCGAACCCGUGUGGAGUACUGGUGCGACCGCGCGAGCUUCGCGUCAUGCUCCGGAGCGUGCCAGCGCCAGCACCUGGAGAGGUACGCCUCCAGAUGCGUUGCGUAGGUAUCUGUGGUUCGGACGUGCACUACUGGUGGCACGGAAGUUGUGGCCCGUUUCGUCUCCACGAUCCGAUGAUCAUCGGCCACGAGUCGGCGGGCGUCGUUGAGGCGCUUGGUGCGGGCGUUACGAGCCUCCAAGUUGGUGACCGCGUCGCGCUCGAACCUGGCGUUCCCUGUUUACAGUGUCAACGCUGUCGCGAGGGUCGCUACAACCUCUGUCCGAACAUUAAGUUUUUUGCAACACCGCCUGUAGACGGCUCGCUGGCGCGCUACGUCUGCCAUCCCGCCGCCUGGUGCUACCGCCUACCCGAGUCCGUAUCACUCGAAGAGGGUGCAAUGUGCGAGCCACUGAGCGUUGCAGUACACGCAAACCGACGUGCAGGAACGACGAUAGGCUCCCUAGUGCUUGUUUUGGGUGCUGGACCGAUCGGUUUACUAAACUGCAUGGUUGCCAAAGCGUUUGGUGCCUCUAUCAUCGUUGUCACCGAUAUUGAUGAUCGCCGGUUGGCAUUCGCUGAAACGCAUGCCGGUGCCGAUGCCGUCAUCAAUACCCGUGAUCUCGACGAGCACGACGCUGCCCUGGUUGUGCAACAAGCAUUAGAUGGCGCUCAAGCGGACAUCGCUUUAGACUGCGCGGGGCUCGAGUCGACCAUGCGACUGGCGAUGCACGUCGUUCGGCCUGGUGGACGUAUUUGUCUGGUUGGCAUGGGGUCUAGUGCGAUGCAUGUCCCGCUUGUUGAUGCUUCGAGUCGAGAGAUUGACAUCUUCGGCGUCUUCCGGUACAGCAACACUUAUCCGACGUGUAUCGCUUUGCUAGCCUCGGGCCGGGUGAAUGUGAAACCGCUCAUAACACAUCGUUUUAUGGGCCUGGAGGAGUCCAGCCUCGAAGCUGCAUUUGAAACAGCUCGCACUGCCGCGAAUGGUGCAGUGAAAGUCAUGCUGACGAUCCCAGAGUAG